AUGGGCGUACGGCAAUUCCAAGUCGCCGGCCUAGACAUAACAAUCCACGAACACGACAGCCUCUGCGACUCAACCACGGGCUCUGCAUAUACCGGUUCAUGGCUCUGGGACUCAGCGAUCGCAACUUCUAACAUAGAUUUUCAACGCAAGUCAGUCCUCGAGCUUGGAGCCGCUAGCCUUCCUGGCAUAACAUCAGCCAAGCUCGGCCCUAGCCGAGUUCCAUUAACCGACGUCUUUUCGGUCCUUCUUGGCUUGAUGAAGAACGUGGAAGAGAACGGGUUAGGUGAUCGGGUGGAAGUGAGAGAGCUAGUUUGGGGAUUAAGCGAAAAAGGAAACGGUCAGUUCGACGUCGUGUUGAUGAGUGAUGUGCACUACGAUAGAGAGCAAAUGGAGGCAUUAGGGGAAACGUUGAAGAGGGUGUGUGGGGAGGAGAGGAGAGGAGAGUGUUGGCAGCGAGUGAGGUUAGGGCUUGGACAAGUGAGUGUUUGAACGAGUUGGGGAUGAUGGGUGGAUCGGAAAUGGAAGGAGAAAGUGGAGAAGGAGAAGCUGUGUUUGCGGUGUAUUGUUUGAUUCAACUGGUGGCGGAGAAUUGCAACGUAGAAGAUGAACAUAUUUUGAUUUAAUAAUAAUAUAGUUGAAUCGUAAAUGUAUAUGGAGGGAGUUUUGGAAAACUCUGGAGAAAUAGUUGAGUGAUAAACUAAUAAAUCCAAUUGUUUAAAUAUAUAACAAAUUGUUUUGAAAAGCAA